UCUGUGUCUCUUUGUCUAGGAUGGCGCACUCCAUUCUGUCCCUCUGGCUGGUAGUGGCUGGACUGGGUCCUCAUGCCUGUGGCCGAGGGGUUCCUGACCAGAAAAAUCAUCCAAUGCCAGAGAUCCCGUCGGCCUCCUCAACCUUCCUGAACAAUUCCCACUUUGCCUUCAGCCUUUACCGACAGAUGGUGGCCCCGAACCCAGACAGGAACGUGCUCUUCUCCCCACUGAGCUUCUCCAUCCCCCUUACUCUGUUGGCCCUCCAGGCCAGGCCGGAGGUGCGCACUCAGGUUCUGAAGGGCCUGGGGCUUAGCCUUGCCGAGGUCCCAGAGAAGCAGGCCCAUGUGUACUACAGCCAGCAACUCCGUUCCUUACUGCCAUCCCCUGAGGAAUGCCACAUAGACAUGGGCAGCCUGCUGUUUGUGAGUAUGAAGCAAAAAGUGCUGCAGAAGUUUAUUGAUACUGCCCAGAAUCUGUACCUCGCAGAGGUCUUCCUCACCUCCUUCGAGAACGAACAUUUAGCCAAGGAUGAGAUGGACUACUUCACGAGGAAGAAAACUCAUGGCAAAAUUGGCAAUCUUGUCCAGGAGUUGGAUAAAGACACUGUCUUAAUUCUGACCAAUUAUAUUUUCUUUAAAGGGAAAUGGAGACACAGAUUCGACCCAAAGCUCGCUGUGACCAGGCCCUUUUGGGUGAGCGAGGAUCUCGCGAUCCCGGUGCCCACGAUGCAGCGUCUGGGCAGGUUCCGGCUCCGGCAUUUCCUCCACCUGCACAGCCACGUGCUCCGGUUGCCCUACAGCUGCAACACCACCACAGUCUUCAUUCUUCCCGACAUGGGCAAGGUCAGGGAGACGGAAGAGGCAUUGAUGAAGGAGGAUUUUGACACAUGGACUCAGCCCUUCCCGCUAAGAAAGAGGAGGCUGUAUUUUCCAAAAUUCUCCCUACCUGGGAAUAUUCAACUGGACAAGCUCUUGCCCACAAUAGGCAUCUCGGAUUUAUUCAGCUACCACGCACAAAUCUCGGGAAUGUCUCUGCAAACCAUGCCCACGAAGGUCUCCAAGGCGGAGCACAGGGCAGAACUGACCGUGGAUGAGGAAGGAGCAGAAGAGGAAGACGUCACUGACCUCCAGGACCUCGACGUCUUUAGAGAGGAACUUCCUCCCUGCCCUCCACUUCAACAGGCCCUUCCUACUGCUAGUUUUUGAGGAAGGCAGCCGCAGCCUUCUCUUCAUGGGGAAAGUGCUGAAUCCCAAAAUGGUGCCGUAGUCAGGGAAGAGAGAGCCUGCCGCCUCCUCCCCCGCUGUCCUCCAGUGCUGUGCGCUGCUCGGGCUGAAGAGAAAGGACACAGGACCGCAGCCCAUCGGCACAGGCUCAGGCUACGGCUCCUCUUCUGGUCUUUGCAUAAAGCCUCCCCAGUGACUAUCCCCACUGCACAGAUUAGCAAACCCAAGUCCAGGAUGCCGUGUGACUGCAGGCCAAACUCAGUGCCCAACGCCAGGCUUCCCAGACCCCGGGGCCAAGUCUCUCUCAUGGCUCUUCACCAGCUGCCCGCCCCUGCUGACUUCUGCCUUUUCCCUCGCUUCCCGUUUUCUCGGAUCCCCGCCACCUGCACUGUAGCAGGGCUGUAUUCCUCAAUAAAGCAGCAAACAAAAACUUU